CUCCGGGAAACAUGGCGCCUGCAUGAAAGACGCUGAUGGGCCGAAUUCAUGAGUAAACCCUAAAAAAACUAGUUUCAUAAUUGAUUAGAGUAAAUAAGCCACUAGUGAGUGAUAGAAUCGUGAAUUCUAGUUGAUAAAUAAUAAUCUACCUCAGGAAUGAGUAAUUUGUCGCCGUUCGGGGGUGGAAAAAACCCCCCGUGGGUCAGAAAUGCAGUACAAAAUGGGGAUUUUUUAGGCCAGGGAAUUCAGAAUAUCCAGCAGCAGAUGUUGGGUCAGGCAAUGGGGGGAAUGGGUGGCCAGCCUAUGGUCCAGUACCAACAGCAGACCCAGCAGGUUUAUCAACAGGGCCUUGGACUCCAGCAGCCCAAUCUGACGAUGGCCUCGAUGGCCCAAUUAGGUUCAAAUCUCCCCUCAGGAAUUGCCGGACAACUCUAUCCCCAGGUGGCCACUGUUUCCUAUCCCACGCCCAGGACACUCAAUGCAAACGCUUUCCAACAGCCUGUCGCUGGAGUUCAACCCCAGGUACAGCAAAAUGUCCAGUCGUCCUCAACGAAGCAGAGAGUUUUCACUGGAACUGUCACAAAAGUCCAUGAUAAUUUCGGAUUCGUCGAUGAAGACGUGUUCUUUCAAACGAGUGCAUGCGUGAAGGGUUCAAACCCCCAGAUAGGGGACCGAGUGCUGGUGGAGGCAUCAUUCAACCCCUCGAUGCCAUUCAAAUGGAACGCAACGCGUAUUCAGGUGCUGCCAAUGUCUGGGAACUCCACAUCCUCGAAUUCCCUGAGUACCCCAGCCCCCCAGAGCACCCAGCAGAAUCGUCAGGCCCAAUCGAGUCGACCCUCGGGGACUUACAACGCAGUUCCACCCCCCAACGAUCCUCCAAACACCUCCAGAUUUUCUGGCAACAAUUCGGCCUCGACGACGAGCACUCGCAGCAAACCAGCGAGAACUCGAGAGAGAUCUCGGGAGAGGCGAAACGACGACGAGGAAGUGGAGAGAAAACGGAGGCGAGAGGAGAGAAUCAGGGAGAGAGAGAAGAAAGAGGAGAGGAGUCCCUCCAGAACAAGGAGAAGUAAAUCUCCAAGACCGAGACGACGAACUAGAGUUGUCCCGAGGUACAUGGUGCAGAUACCAAAGAUUGCUCUCGAUUUGCCAGAGGCUGAUGUUCUCGAGGUCAGGAGACGAUACCAGAAUAUGUACAUUCCCAGUGACUUUUUCUCCACCAACUUCAGGUGGGUUGACGCCUUUCCACCACACAUGCCAUUCACCCUCAACAAACCCUGCAGCUUUCACGUCAUGCACAAGGACGUCGAUGGGGUCGUCGAGAACUCAACUGUACUCGAACCACCUGAUGCUGAUUAUCUAUUCUCUGCUAAGGUAAUGCUCAUGUCGAUGCCUGCGAUGGAAGAAAUCUAUAAACGGUGCUGUGGGGUGACUGAGGAUCGAGACCCAGAUCGUGACUAUGUCCAUCCGACUCGAUUAAUUAAUUUUCUCGUGGGUCUGCGCGGAAAAAAUGAAACAAUGGCUAUCGGUGGGCCCUGGAGUCCCUCCCUGGAUGGUCCUAACCCUGAGAGUGAUCCUUCAGUCCUCAUCAGGACAGCUGUCAGAACGUGCAAGGCUCUCACUGGCAUCGAUCUGUCCCACUGCACCCAAUGGUAUCGCUUCCUGGAGCUCUACUACAGGCGUGCUGAGACGACCCACAAGUCGGGGAGAGUUGUGGCAUCGCGCGUUGAAACGGUCAUACUAUUUCUCCCAGAUGUUUGGAGCUGUGUAUCAACUAAACUGGAGUGGGAUACACUGCAUCUGAGCUAUAAGAGACAACUGGAUAGGAAGCUGUUGGGCGCUGGGGGCGAGGGCGAGAUGGAGGUGCCUGGGGACAAUGAUGAUGCUGUCAUCGCUGAUCAAAAGGACGAUACCACACCGGAGAAGAAAGAUCCAACGCAUUAUUCGGAGUUGGAUCCCAAGUCGAUGAACGUGAAUGAUUUGCGCCAGGAAUUGGCAGCCCGCAAUCUGAGCUCCAAAGGCCUCAAGUCCCAGUUGUCAGCUAGACUUUCAAAAGCGAUUAAAUCAGAGCAAGCUAAAGAAGAAGGACGACAGGACGAGGCAGAGGACAACGAGGAAGAGGUAACACCACCUCCAAAGGAGGAAACCAAGGAGGAAAAGAAGAGCAAAGAGCACGACGAGGACAAGAAGAAGAAUUCCGAACGUGAACGUGUACUCAUGGAGAAGCGCUACACCCUGCCAGAGGCUCCUCACAUAAUCGUCCACCCAUCACGCAGUGCAAAAUCGGGAAAAUUUGACUGUACAGUGAUGUCGUUGUCGGUGCUCCUGGACUAUCGUCCGGAGGACACGAAGGAGCACUCAUUCGAGGUGUCUCUCUUUGCUGAGCUCUUCAACGAGAUGCUGAUGCGCGACUUUGGGUUCAGGAUAUACCGAUCCCUGUGUGCACUCCCGGAGAAGUCCAAGGAUAAGGAAGAGGAGCCGAAGAAAGUGAAAAAGGAGGAGAAACCUGGGGAGGAGAAGAAGCGAAAGGACGAGGACGAGAGGAAGUCCAAGGGUAUGAAGAAGGAGGAGAAGAAAAAAGAGGGCAAGGUAAGGGACGAGAAAGACAAGACGAAGAGUGACGAGAAGGAACGUGAGGACGAUGAGGAAGAGGACGACGACGAGACUGACGACGAUGACUCCGUCAAGGAUGGCAAGCGGGAGAAGGACAGGGAUGGAAAGAAGAAGAAAAUCAAACUGUUUACGUAUGAUCCCUAUUUACUCCUGUCCUUUGUGUACUUCGAUCAAACUCACUGUGGAUAUAUAUUCGAUAAAGACAUCGAGGAGCUCAUCUACACGCUGGGAUUGAAUUUGUCUCGUGCACAGGUGAGAAAACUAGUGCAGAAGGUCGUAACCAGGGACUCUCUUCACUAUAGAAAAUUGACUGAUCGUUCCAAGGACGAGGAAGACAAGGAGAAAAUCAAGGAGGAGAGAGAGGGGGAUGAGGACAGCAAAGAGGAGGUCGUGAAUGAAGAGGAGUUGAAGUCCUUGGCGAUGGGGAACAAGAGACUCCUGCCUGUUUUUGUCAGUGGACAGGUGCCUUCGAAAAGAGCGAGAGGUGAGAAUCAGGGCGAGGGAGAGGAAACGGUGCCGGAGGGUUUUGUCAUGUUCAAGGGGAGUCUCCUCGAUGUGGAGAAGCUGGUGAGUCAGUUGAAGAGGAGUGAGAAGGCCAGGAUAGAUACUGAAGCCAAGAUGGGAGAGAUCCAGCACGAGUUGACGAGUGUGAGCGAUAAGGCUCACAGACAAGCAACUGUCAUCAGGGAUCUUGGUGAUGAUCUCAAGGGGUACAAGGACAAGCUCAGGAGUGUCGAAGAGAAACUGAAAAAGACAUCGUCCGAGUGCUAUACGUACCUGAGUACUCUGAAGAACGUAUACCACACGACGUUUAAAGUGAUACAGAGUGAUAGUAAAAAGGUGGAAAUAGUGGAGAUACAGGAUGAAAAAUCAUCGAGUGAGAUCAAUGGAUCCCAGAGUGAUGGUAAAUCCAAGAGUGACACGAGGUGGGGAGACGGCAAGAGUUCGGUGAAAAAGGAAAUUGAAGACAAGGAUAAAAAGCACGAGAGCAAAUCUGUGAAGAAAGAGCAAGUGGAUGGGGAAAAGGAGAAAAAGUAAUUGAUUAACAAUUUUUAUUUAUUUCUAUCGGAAAUUAUUGAAUCGCCAUUUCAUCGAUAUUCACUUUUUAAAAAAUGUGAAAUUCUUACGCAUUGUUUAUUGUCAAUGUUCGUUGGGAGUAACGACUCGUCUCCUUUCCUCACUGCGUGUUAAUUAAGGCGAAAGUCACGUUGAUUGGAGAAAAAAAUUUACCUGCGCUGAGCAGAUGCUUUACUCAGCUAUUUGACGUUCUCAGAUUCACGUGAACACAGUGUGCAUCGAGUAAACCACGAAUUAACAAUUUUCUAAUUGAAUCUAUCAUAAUAAUUAAUAAGAUUAAUUGAAUUAAUAAAUUGCUCAUUAAUUCUGUCGUUGAGAGGAUCCAGGAGACGAAUAUUGUUAAUCAUUCGUUAAUUAAAAAUAGGGUGAUAAUCAGUUGGAGAAAAUUUUUGAACUCUACAGAAUCAAUUAUUUUCUCGUGAUUAAUUCCUGAUUACAAUUUUAUAAUCGCUAUUUUCACUGCCUCUACAGUGCUAAUACCCCCUCGUCCCAGGGACGAUCAUCAUGAACAAUUAAUAAUUAAAGCGAGAGACUGGGCGAUUAAUGAGUCUUCUAGAUACUCUCAAUUUCAGAAACUGAACGGAAGAAAUAAAGGAUUAUUGUAAAAAAUUUUAACGAAA